GCCCCCAGUCACGCCUUCGGCUGAACGAAUUCGGGGCGGUGAGAGGCGGGGACAAAGUGGAGUGCCAUUGGGAGCCAGAGACUGGAGGGAGGGGGCGGGAAAGGGAGCAGCCUGGCACUCCGGAGGGGAGGCGGAGAAAGGACCCGAGGGGCCGCGGGGUGGGAGUGGGCCUAGUGGAUAAAGGGGGCGGUCCUGACUGCGGCCCAGGAUUCCGCCAGCAGCGGGAGAGAUUGAGAGCUCCUAACUGGUUUCGCCGCGGCUUCUGCCAGUCCCUCGCCGGCCGCCACCUCCUCUCGCGUUCCACUUCCCCCUCCUUUCGCCCGCCACCCCCCCGUCGCCCGGGAGACGCGCCGCGAGCGCCGGCCGAGUUGGAGCCGGCUUCAUGGCAGACGUGAACGAUGAAUUCUUGGGGCCGUUGGUGGGGGCCGUUGAUCAGGGCACCAGCUCCACGCGCUUUCUGGUUUUCAAUUCAAAAACAGCUGAACUACUUAGUCAUCAUCAAGUGGAACUAAAACAGCAGUUCCCUAAAGAAGGAUGGGUGGAACAAGAUCCUGAUGAGAUUCUGCAAUCUGUCUAUGAAUGUAUAGAAAGAACUUGUGAGAAACUUACGGAGUUGAAUAUUGACAUUUCUGCUAUCAAAGCUAUUGGCGUGAGCAAUCAGAGAGAAACUACUGUAGUUUGGGACAAAUAUACUGGAGAACCUCUCUACAAUGCUGUUGCUGCUCCAGUUUCUCCUGGUCCUUCAGUUCCAGUUGCUGUUGUUUCCUCUGAUUCUGCAGAUUCAGCUGCUGUGCCUUCCUCAGUGUGGCUUGAUCUAAGAACCCAGGGUACAGUUGAAACACUAAGUAAAAGAAUUCCAGGAAAUAAUAAUUUUGUCAAGUCCAAGACUGGCCUCCCACUUAGCACUUAUUUUAGCGCUGUGAAACUUCACUGGAUCUUAGAGAAUGUGAGAGAUGUUAAACAAGCUGUUGAAGAAGAAAGAGCUCUUUUUGGUACCAUUGAUUCAUGGCUCAUCUGGAGUUUGACAGGAGGGCCUAAUGGAGGUGUCCAUUGUACAGAUGUAACAAAUGCCAGUAGGACAAUGCUUUUCAACAUUCAUUCUUUAGAAUGGGAUAUAGAACUGUGCGAGUUUUUUGAGAUUCCUAUGACAAUACUUCCAAAUAUCCGGAGUUCUUCUGAGAUCUAUGGUCUAAUGAAAAUCUCUCAUAGCCUGAAAGCUGGGGCCUUGGAAGGUGUGCCAUUAUCAGGGUGCUUGGGAGACCAGUCUGCUGCUUUAGUUGGACAAAUGUGUUUCCAAGAUGGACAAGCCAAAAAUACGUAUGGAACAGGCUGUUUCCUUCUUUGCAAUACAGGCCAAAAGUGUGUUUUUUCCGAUCAUGGCCUUCUUACCACAGUGGCUUAUAAACUGGGCAGAGACAAGCCAGUAUGUUAUGCAUUGGAAGGAUCUGUUGCUAUAGCUGGUGCUGUCGUUCGCUGGCUAAGAGACAAUCUUGGUAUUUUAGAGUCUUCAGAGGAAAUUGAAAAUCUUGCUAAAGAGGCGGGCACUUCUUAUGGCUGCUACUUUGUUCCAGCAUUUUCAGGAUUAUAUGCACCAUACUGGGAGCCCAGUGCAAGAGGAAUUAUUUGUGGCCUUACUCAGUUCACCAAUAAACAGCAUAUUGCUUUUGCUGCAUUAGAAGCUGUUUGUUUCCAAACAAGAGAGAUUUUGGAUGCCAUGAAUAAAGACUGUGGAAUUCCACUCAGCCAUUUGCAAGUAGAUGGAGGAAUGACCAACAAUAAAAUUCUCAUGCAACUUCAAGCAGAUAUUCUUUGUAUACCAGUAGUAAAGCCCUCAAUGCCUGAAACAACAGCACUGGGUGCUGCCAUGGCAGCAGGUGCUGCAGAAGGAGUUGGGGUUUGGAGUCUGGAGCCUGAAGAUUUAUCAGCUGUCACAAUGGAACGGUUUGAACCUCAGAUCAAUGAAGAAGAAAGUGAAAUUCGUUAUGCCACUUGGAAAAAAGCUGUGCAGAAAUCAAUGGGCUGGGCUACAGGAGAGUCUCCUGCUAAUGCAGGUGACCCUAAUAUCUUCUGUAGUGUUCCAUUGGGCUUUUUUAUAGUGACUAGCAUGGUAAUGUUAAUCGGAGCAAGGUACAUCUCAGGUAUUCCAUAAAUAACCUGAAUCUAUUCCAUGGACUCCCUGGAGGCAGUCUUUUUUUUAUGUACCAAAAGAAUCUAGCAAUUCUUUCUUUUAUUGUGUUAUACUAUCUAAUAGAACUUUAUUUUUAUUUAUAAGCCACAUGCUGCAUGACUCAUGAGAACCCUAUGGGUAGUCUUGUGGUUUCAAUUAAAGAAAACACAGCAGAAAGAACUAUAGAAACACAUAGUGUAUUUUUUUAACAUCAACAAUUAAGAUUGGAUUGAUUCUUUAAGGUACUGAAGACCCUCAGUUAUUUUUAUCAUCUUACCUUCUUCCCCUCAGGAUCUUGAAAAAACUAAGAGUCCAUUUGUGAUGACUUCUCAAACAUUUUCAAAUGCUGAUGGAUUAGGAAUUUUAUACUCUGGCUGCAAGUACUCAAUUGAGAUACCUCUACACUGCUUUUUUUUUUUUUUUUUUUUUUUUUUUUAAAAGAGGGUUCAUUUUUGUCAUUCGUCCCUAAAGGGCCUCUUUCCUAUGUGAUAGGAAGGCCAAAGGUUCUAUACUUGAACAAUUCUAAAUUCUAAAAAAAGGGAAAUUUAAUAACAGCAUAGUUUAAAUAUUUUCCUGAAAAUUAUUUCACCUAACUGAAAUUCUUCAGUUACUUAAGUAUUCUCACCAAUAUAAUUAAAACAUCCGAUAUUUUUGCCUAGCUCUUGUAGGGAAGGACUUUUUUCUUCCUUUUUGGUUCCUUCUCUUUUAUCUCUCCUUUUUGUGUUUUUUACUUUGUAUGGCCACAAAUUGUAUAUAUACAGUGUAGUACCUAAAAAUAAAGAGUACAUUGUACUCAGUCAAAAUGAAUUUGAGUUUUAGGUGGACUACCAUGUACACAAAUAUUUGGGGGAUAAUGACUACGUACAUAAAGGGAGAGUUGUUGUGCACAUUAAUCUCCAGAAGGUACUUUUUCUUGAAGAGCUAACAACAUUUAUAAUUGAAAUACCUAUUCCAUGUCAGUAGAUGAAAACAUACCCUAUUCUGGAUUCAACUAUGUGUCAUACAUUUUUACUUAGAUGUCAUAAUUGGAUAAAUGCUGAACAUUGUUGAAUUUACAACUAUUGGUCCAAAUAAAGACUUUUAUCUGACUCAAUUUUAGCUAUAUUGAGAAUCAUUAUUUUUAAGAGAAAAAAAUGAAUUUGGACAUAAAGUCAGAACAUUUCAUUAGGUCCAAAUGUGUUACCAACUUCACAGUUUGUAGUAAUUUUUACUUUGGAAGACAGAAUUAUUCCUGUUUUAUGUCUUUUAAAGAUUUCAUCUAGUCGUUCUUGAAACUAAUUAAAACCAUCUUAAAAUUAAUUUAACUGUGUUUCUUCUUUAAUGACAAUGAGAAAAUAUUUAGUACAAUAUAGACAAUGAGUUUCCAUAGAAUAUAAUUUAAUUGUAUUUUUAUAAUCAAGUACAAUGAAGUCUAAGAUGUGGUUUUAAAUAAUGUUCACUCUUAAAAGCACUUUUCCUUCAUUGAAUAUGUAUAUGGAUGUUUGCAUGUUUGGGGAAAGGAAAGUAAGUAAUUCUGCCUUUACUAUUAGACAUGCCCAUAAUUCUUGGAUGUACGUUUUUGUGCAAAAUUUUUUUCUUGUAAAUACUCCAAAAUAUUAAGUGAUAUUCUAAUAAUCAAGACCUAUUUUUAUGUUUGUAUUGAAAUUUGUUUGCAAAACAGCAUAAAAAGGGGGCUGACCAAUAAAAUGUGAAUUUCUUUUUCACACUGUUUUCUGUAUCUGAAUCUUGACUAUUUACUGGUCUAUUGCUAAUGUUUCCCAUUUUACUUGGGUAAACCUUGGACAAGUUACAACUCAUGUGAAAAAAAUUUUUCAAGUUUUUAUUUGUUGCUAAUUGUUACUUCCCAACAAUUUCAUUAUUUGAUACUAAAAACAAAGCUUUUAAAAUCAAAUGUAGAAAUAAUUUCAUUAUACUACCUUUUAAAAAUUGAUGAUACUCAUUUAUAGUUCUGAUCAUGCUACUACUUUCCCACCUAUUUUUUGUUAUAAUGAUUGUUCCAAUUCAGACAGGUGAUAUCAAUAAUGCUAUCAUAGUAAGUUACUGUGAAAUGAUCAGAUUUGGGGGGAGAUGGGAAGAGGGAAAGCUACUUUAACACAAUUACAUUUCUACCAAGGUAGGUUGAAUUAAUUGUAAUAAUAAUGAAAAAGUACUGUUCAAAUUAUUUUUAGCAUCUUGUGAAUUUUUAUAUGAAUUUCAUGAUUUAUAAUUUCUAUUUGAGAUUGUACACAAUGAUAUCAAAAUAUGAUUAAUAAAUUUACUUUAAAAAAUUG